AAAACCUUUAAUUUUAUCCAUUUGUACUGAGAAAUCUAGCAAGAAACCACAAUCCCACGAUGGAAUUCCUCUUCUAUGUUGUCAUCUGCGGUUUUCUCUUUCUGUAUUUGCUAGCUAAACUCCUGAAAUCCCAGAAUUCAAGAACCCAGAAAACCCUGCCGCCUGGGCCAAGAAAGCUCCCUGGAAUAGGGAAUAUGCAUCAGCUUCUUGGGUCACAGACUCACCAAAUCCUAGCAGACCUGGCCGCGAAACACGGACCCCUGAUGCACUUACAGCUCGGCCUGGUCUCCACGGUCGUGGUCUCUUCGCCGCAGGUGGCUGAAGAGGUUAUGAAAACGAAAGACAUCAUUUUUGCCCAGAGACCAUACCUUCUUGCCUCCAGGAUUCUCUCCUAUGAUUCCACCAACAUUUGCUUCUCCCCCUGCGGGGAUUACUGGAGACAGCUGCGAAGAAUCAGCACGGUGGAGCUUUUAAGCACAAAACGCGUUCUCUCCUUUCGAUCAAUCAGGGAAGAGGAGAUGUUUAAUCUGAUGGCCUCCAUUUCUUCUUCGAACCAGAAGGGAUCGACGUUCAAUCUCAGCAGAGGGCUUUUCUCCAUGACAUAUACUGUUACUGCGCGAGCUGCGUUUGGGAAACCCAGCAAACAACAGGAAGAGCUUAUUAAGCUGACGGGGAAGGUGGUGGAGGUGUUUGAAGGUUUCAGCUUUGCAGACAUGUAUCCUGCUGUUAAAUUGCUUGAAACUAUUACUGGGUUGAGACCCAAGACUUUGAAACUGCAUAAAAGUAUGGAUGCGAUUCUCCAGUUAAUUCUACGCGAGCAUCGAGAUAGAAGAAUGAAAGCACAAAUUAGUGAGGAGGAGGAGGAUCUGGUUGAUGUUCUUUUAAGGAUUCAGGAAAAUGGGGAUCUCGAAAUUCAAUUGACUGAUAACAACAUCAAAGCUGUGAUCUUGGACAUGUACAUUGCUGGGAGUGAAACAUCAUCAACAUCAAUGGAGUGGACAAUGUCGGAGAUGCUAAAGAACCCAAAAGUGAUGAAAAGGGCGCAAGCCGAGGUGAGAAAAGCAUUCAGUAAAACAAGAACCGUAGAUGAAUCACGGCUUCAUGAAUUGAAGUAUCUGCAAGCAGUGAUUAAAGAAACAUUCAGGCUCCAUCCCCCUCUCCCCUUAUUACUUCCAAGAGAAUGCAGGGAGAGUUGUGAAAUCAAUGGUUAUGAAAUCCCAGAGAAAUCCAAAGUCAUAGUGAAUGUUUGGGCCAUUGGAAGAGACCCUGAAUACUGGACUGAAGCAGAGAAAUUCAACCCAGACAGGUUUCUUGAUUCCACAGUGGAUUACAAGGGAACUGACUUCGAAUUCAUUCCAUUUGGAGCUGGAAGAAGGAUAUGCCCAGGAGUUUCAUUUGCCUUAGCUAAUAUGGAGUUUCCACUUGCGAAAUUGCUUUACCAUUUUGAUUGGAAAUUCCCAGGGGGACAGAAGCCAGAAGAGCUAGACAUGACUGAAACCUUUGGGUUGACUGUGAGGCGCAAAAAUGAUCUAAAUCUGAUUCCAAUUCCUUAUGAAGAAAGCUGAUGAGGAAAUCCCAUUAAUGUUAUGAAUUAUUAGAGUGAAGUCUUAUUUUGUGAAAAUGGCACUUAACAUGUAUAUAACCAUCCAGGAGAUUGUUCAAUAAAUGUUUGUUCAUCCAAGAUUCCAUG